AUGGAGCGUUGGCGCAACAAAGUGGCUGUGGUUAGUGGAGCCAGUGCUGGAAUUGGUGCAGCUUGUACCCGGGCUUUAAUCGGUGCCGGAAUGGUAGUUGUGGGCUUGGCCAGGCGCCAGGAAAGAGUGGAGCUGCUCCGAAAGGAACUGAGUCCCGAAGAGCAGUCCCGAUUACACUCAAUCAAGUGCGACAUCACGCAGGAGGAUCAAGUAUUGAAGGCCUUCGAUUGGACAACUAAAGAGUUGGGUGGUGUGGAUGUUUUGGUCAGUAAUGCUGGAAUUAUGGGAACCGGAGAACUAAGUGAACGAAAUGACGGACCUGCAAUGCGUUCCACAAUCGAGACAAAUAUCAUGGGCACAGUUUAUUGCGUUCGCGAGUCCUUUCAUUCGAUGCGACAACGCGGCACCGAGGGCCAUGUGGUCAUCGUGAAUAGUGUGGCGGGUCACCAGGUUCCCAAUUUGGGUCCCCAACUCCCUUCACUUAACAUCUAUCCGGCCACCAAGUUUGCACUUCGCGCCAUGAAUGAGAUAUAUCGCCAGGAGUUUCAGCGACACAAAACUCAAGUUAGAGUUUCGACCGUUAGUCCCGGCAUAGUUGAUACAGACAUCCUGCCGGAACAAAUCCAGGGUAUAAUCAAGGAGCAUAUGCCUAUGCUGCGAAGUUCCGACGUCGCGGAUGCCGUUCUUUGGACCAUCGGCACUCCGCCCAACGUUCAGGUGCACAACAUAACUAUCAAGCCACAAGGAGAAAAGUUCUAACUUCGAUUCUACUGACGGAAAGCAUAAAUUGGAUUUUCAUUACAGAAAUACAGAAAAGGCAUUUCUUAAAUAAUA